AAAGGCCCGAGUUUUAAGAAAUGAAUUCGAAAAUGAAGAGGAAGGAACUCUUCCUAUAAGUGGGAGCUUAUAUAUAAGACACUUCCUUUUAAACCGAUUGUACAGUGUGGUAGGACUAGGGGUAGGAAACUGGACGGCAUGGAGACUUCUGUGUUAAAACACAAGAGAACGCUUAACGUUAAAACCUCAAGCUUCCAGAGCAUGUUGGCGGGAGGGACUUAAUAGCGGAACCCAACAUUCCCGGGUGAAGUUUUCCAGCCGGAGUCAGGGUCAGAGGCAGCCUUUCCUACUGCGCAGGCUCAGUGCGGCUUACCCAUCAUGGAAACAAUGUGGCUCCUGUGUGUGGCGGCGGCGGUCUUGGCAUGGGGCUUCCUCUGGGUUUGGGACUCCUCAGAACGAAUGAAGAGUCGGGAGCAGGGAGGACGGCUGGGAGCCGAAAGCCGGACCCUGCUGGUCAUAGCGCACCCUGACGAUGAAGCCAUGUUUUUUGCUCCCACAGUGCUAGGCUUGGCCCGCCUAAGGCACUGGGUGUACCUGCUUUGCUUCUCUGCAGGAAAUUACUACAAUCAAGGAGAGACUCGUAAGAAAGAACUUUUGCAGAGCUGUGAUGUUUUGGGGAUUCCACUCUCCAGUGUAAUGAUUAUUGACAACAGGGAUUUCCCAGAUGACCCAGGCAUGCAGUGGGACACAGAGCACGUGGCCAGACUCCUCCUUCAGCACAUAGAAGUGAAUGGCAUCAAUGUGGUGGUGACUUUCGAUGCAGGGGGAGUAAGUGGCCACAGCAAUCACAUUGCUCUGUAUGCAGCUGUGAGGGCCCUGCACUCAGAAGGAAAGUUACCUAAAGGGUGCUCUGUGCUCACGCUUCAGUCUGUGAAUGUGCUGCGCAAGUACAUCUCCCUUCUGGAUCUGCCCUUGUCUCUGCUUCAUACGCAGGAUGUCCUCUUCGUGCUCAACAGCAAAGAAGUGGCACAGGCCAAGAAAGCCAUGUCCUGCCACCGCAGCCAGCUCCUCUGGUUCCGCCGCCUCUACAUUAUCUUCUCCCGGUACAUGAGAAUCAACUCACUGAGCUUCCUCUGAAGCCUUGAAGGGUUUUCAGAUCCAAGGAACAAAGGGGAAAAUAGACAAAGGAGUGCGGGGGACCUGGCCUGGCACUGGCUUAUUUGCCUGAGCUCAAGGAGAUCCCCGCUGGAGCAGCCUCUGCAAAAGGGAGCCCAUGUAGGCCAGGGGCUGUCCAAACUCCAGCUUCUUCCCCUGGGAAAAAACCCAAAGAACCAAAAACAAACCACCCCAAGGAUAAUAAUAGCUACACUGCUAGCGUCUCAAGUUCUUGUGAAAAACAAUUUACAUAAUGACACAGUAGAUGUGGAACAUCUAGCCCAGUGCCUGGGCAGGUCCCUAUUAUCAUAAAUGAACAUAAAAGUGCUCUAAAAACACUCCACAGAUGUGACUUUUACAUUGUUUCCAAAGCAGGUUCACCAAAAACACAUACACAAAAUGCAACAGUGUGUGUUGAAUUGGUUCAAUCAUAAUUCCUUUGAUUUUUCUUUUAUCAGAAUGUGGGUCUAGGAAAAACUUGCUCUAUUUAACAGGACAGCUGUGAUUGAAGCAUCCAAGUACAGGUCACUGGGGUGGGCACUGUUUUAUACAGAGACGAUUACAAGAACUCUGCCUCAAAGAGCUUACGAUCAAAUAUGUCAGCUUUCAGUCUUUUUGGAGAAGUAGGAAAUAGGAAGAUAAAUCUAAGACUUAAAAAAACACAAAGCAUUCAAGAACCUGAUGUCUUAAAAUUGUCCUACGAACAAAAGCUCUCUGAAAGCUCUGGCUUGGAAACUACUCUCAGAAUCCAGCUAAUGCUCCAGGGAAGUGGCCUGAGUCAGGGAAGCUAAGUGGUGAAGAGCACAGACUGGUAGUCCUGCGAUUGAAGCCAGAAUGACCAGCUGUGUAACCAAAGGCAAGGUGCUGAACCUUUCUCUGCCUCAAUUCUCUCAUCUGCAAAAUGGGAAAUAAUAAUGAUCCCAACCUCAGAGAACUGAACAAGAUAAUACAUGAAGGUGCAUAUCAAAGAGUCUCACAUGCUCUGCUGGGUAAGUAUGCCCUCCACCCGCCACAGGAAACACUGAAUUGCUUCUCCAUAGCUGCAGGUUAGAGACCUGCUUGUUCAGACACUCCACCUCAACUUGCCCUCCUUUGCUUGGUGUCACCAUUAUCUUGAAUGCCUCCUAGGGGCCACAUAAGACUAAUAGAGCUAUUAGGCUCUGAAGCCGGAAUCAAAAAUGCAAAUCUGGUUAUGUGAUUUGUCUACUUAAACUUUGUCAAUAGCUCCUAAUAGCCUUCAUGUGAAAAUGUGACCAGAAGCACGUUACUAACACUGGCUAGAGUGCAGUAGGAGAGUGUGGUAGGACAGGCUGACCUCUGCCCUGUUACUAGGAAGACAGACACUGACCCAGCCUUUCUGAACAGCAACUCUGCUAAGAGCUUUUAAAAUAUGCAUAUUCUAUGACCUAAGGAAUACUUAGAAAAUCAAAAUUAUAUACACACUGGCUGGGCGCAGUGGCUCACAUCUGUAAUCCCAGCACUUUGGGAGGUCAAGGAGGGUGGAUCACUUGAGGCCAGGAGUUCGAGACAAGCCUGGCCAAUGUGGCAAAACCCCAUGUCUACUAAAAAUACAAAAAUUAGCCAGGCAUGGUGCGGCAGGCCUGUGGUCCCAGCUACUCGGAAGGCUGAGGCACGAGGAUUGCUUGAAUCCAGAAGGCGGAGGCUGCAGUGAGCUGAGAUCGCGCCACUGCACUCCAGCCUGGGCGACAGAGCCCUUUCUCCAAAAAAAACGACAACAAUUAUACACACAAAGAUUAUCAUUGUAUUAUUUAUAAUAGCAAAACUGGAAAAAUCCACUGAUGCAGUUGUGUUUUGUAACAAGGAAGAACGUUCACACUGUAUUAAAUUUUUAAAAGCGGGUUAGGAAUAGCACAAUCCCAUUUUUGUUGAAUAAAUAUAUACACAAGUAUAUAAAUAAA